UGCACAUAAGCGGUUCUGUUAAACAGAGAUGAGCCAUCUCUGUGUUAAAUGAGAUACUAUUUAGAUAUAACCUAAUAUAUUUUAUAUUAUUUGUUUAAUUAUUAAUUAUUUGUAUCUUACAAUGCGCCCUAGAAAGUUUAGGCUUCCUUUUCUUGGGGACAGCUCCAUACAUGCAGAUAAGAAAGUUAUAAUUGUUUCAAUAUUUGGGAAAUCUCAUUUCUUUGCUAAAGGAUACAAAACUGAAAUACUAAGCUCGGUACUCCAACCAGAUCUUUUAGAAGAACCAACUUUAGAAGAUGAGACAUGGUGCGAAUUGGAAGGAUACCAUAAUGUAAAGGAACGGAUGGUAUUUUUACAUCUCAGAGGACUUUUGGAUGCUUAUGCUAUCGUCAAUGAAUAUGACCGCUUUAUGGAGAAACAGGAAGAGAAAGAUUUUCUCAGCAUGUGGGCACACAUGCGUGACAGAUAUGCGCGAGCAUUACUUGUUCUAUUUCAUAUGUCACACGUGGUCGUAUUGACACAUCCUGUACAUACCUUUGAUUACAGUUAUAUACAUUUAUUUAGAGCUUUAGAAUUAGUAAGGCAGAAAACAUCUGCUCAACUUUCCGAAAUACUUAGUCAUAUUCCUAACUUACCUAAAGAUUGGAUAGCGAAUGCAAGACCUUGCCCACCCAGAGUAUUGUUUUAUUUUGAAUCCUGUCCAGGAGUAUUUCAUGACCCAGAGAGUGGAGCCAAAGUUAAAAGGCUGGAACAUUCUCUCGAAGAUCAGAUAUAUAAUGUACUUAGGAAAAACCGCAUUGUGACAAACAUCAGUUCAAAUUCCUUAUUUGCGAUUCCGGCCAAUCAAGAAUUUGUAUAUGUACAUACUGACUCAUUGGGGUCAAGAGAUACUUUAGGACGUACAACGAAACAACUAAUACAAAGUUGUAAAAUUGGAUCUGGUAGCACUGCUUCGAGAAGUCUUGCCAGUCUCGAUUCAAAUCUAGUCCAUGAUUCUGAUACAGAGGGCCGUUCUUUUGGAAAUUUUCUCCGCCAACAUGUAAACUUGGCGUUUGCCAGGGGCUUUGACGAUAAUGUAGGACGGCACUCGCUUCCUGCACACUUUGAGAUACCUACGUUGUCAUUGUUUUUCGAAGCAGCAAACAAGAUUUUCAAUUUUUUCGUGCGAGGAGUCGACAAGGAAGUGUCUGCUCUACAUGGGUUGUUGGACACUGAUGUCAAAUUCAGUAGAAGUAGGUGUGGUAAAGUACUACCCCGAGCCUUGCAAACCUAUCAGGACAACCUUCCGCAGCACUACACAAGGGCUUAUCAUGAGAACAAACUGGCUCAUGCAAUGGCUGUCUUUGAGAUGCACGCGAGAGGACCCCUUUUCGAGGAGUUCAGCGAAAAAUUACAGUCCGAGUGUGAAAAACACUGGAGAGCUGGUAGACGAAUGUGCGAGGUUCUAUCGCUAACAGGAAAUCCUUGCACGAAUCCUAUUCAUAAAGGCGGUAGUGAAGGGGCAGGUGGUGGAGAACAAGUGGAACCUGGAGACGAGGAUAGUGAACUUCCGGUUAUGGAGCACUGCAGUGGCGUGCGUUAUGUCUGCGCUUGCAAUUGCGGUAGAUGUCAGGGACCACGGGAUGAUCCGUUCAGUUUGAAACAGGCCAACUACGAUUACUUCCAAAUGCUGGCUAAGCAGUGCGGUUGUGCUCAGCUGGAAAGCAUACAGUUCCCGAUUUUCCAACCAAGCACUCAUAACUUCAGGGCGGCCCAACUGUUCUCUGCCACCAGACGAAAGGACUCGCUUUCUCGAGGAGAAUUGUGGACUCCACAGGGUCAAACGCAGCAGGCCUGCAGCUUGGGCGGAGUUGGACCCGUCAGCACUCUGCAUGACGACAUAACGACAUAUGAGAGUGGAGAACAAUCGCAGCCAACUAGUGACCCAACCGUAGAAGACGAAAAGGCUAGUCCAACGCUUAGCGAAGCCCAUAAGGUCGUGAUUCGAGUCUCUGAUGCCGAUACGGAUAACAAAGAGAAACCCCUGGUGAGGCAGCCGUCAACGACGGAGUAUCUCCCGGGCAUGUUACACACCGAGUCGCCAUCGGGUUUGCUGCCCAGAUUCUCUAGCUGGUCGCUCGUCUGUCUCGGGCCUAGCAGUCUCUAUUCUCAUAAUCUAGGACUACAGCACCAGGCCGGAGUUCUCGCGACCUCGGCCUUCCUAUUGCCAUGGGACGUAACCGUCAGAUUGGAACAUCAAAAGGAAAGGGGUUCUCUUUGGCCAACAAUGGGCGAACACAACACACAUGGAUACUGUGCGAGAGGUAAGAGCUUCCAGAAUGCCAAUACUGUCCGAGGACGAAAAUCCAAGGGUGGCAAGGAAUUCGUCGUCAAGAUAUUCGUCGGCGUUGAGUACGAAUGUCCUCGAGGGCACAGAUUCAUGGCCUCGGCCCCGGACAAAGUUCUGAAGGCCACUGGAAACGGCAUUGUCAAGGAUAGCGGCAACAAGGUCACGUCCAGCACCGCGGAUAUGCCUUUAUACUUCCCUUGUCCCUGCAGGCAGCCCAAGCCGUUGAUGGCACAGCUAAUGAGGAUCCACGUGGUAACGCCGAAAGCUCCGGUUCACGUCACUCUGAAUCCACGAGUACAGCCUGGUCCACCGCCCUGUCCAAUUUUCGUUACAGGAUGCGAAGAGCCUAUCAAACUCUCUCAAAGUGCCUACUGGGUACUGCGUUUACCUUAUGUCUACAUGGGCGAUAAGGGUCCCUAUUUGCCGCCGAAAGACCCAGUGCCAAUCACGCAUGGUAGGCUGCUAGCGGGAAUGUAUGGUAUAAGUGAAGUGGUGCCGGAGAAGAAAUGAAUGAAAUGGGAAAAAUUACCAGAUUAAUUUAAUUCAUUGGAUAUGCGCAAUUCACAAUUCAGCCCAUGGAUGAACUCAAUACUUUCGGUAAUAAACUGUCCUUAGAAUUAUUUAAGGAAUAAAGAAA